GGCACCUCAGCAGCGUCAUCUUUCGUUACAUCUUUUUGUUUUCCUUUUUCUUCACAGCGAGCAUUGACACUCACAUCUCAUACAACAUGGCGUCGGACGAGGAACGUGGAACUCGGCCUAGCCGAAAGCGCUACGAUGACGAGGAUCACGAACCCAGAGACACCGACCGUCGAUCAAAACAGUCAGACCGCGAUUCUGGACGCCGAGAGCGUCGUCGAUCCCGUGACAGACGCGACAGGAGGCGAUCUCGGACACCAGAAUCCUCCUCGCGGCGGAGGUCAAGAAGCCGAGACCGGGAUCGCGACAGGAAUAGAGAACACAGACGUCGACGGUCACGCGACGACAAAAGUUCACGACGAAGACCACGCGGCGACGACGACGAAGGAAAUGACAAACGGGUCGCGAAACGCAGCCCCGUGAGACAGGCUGCCCCUUUACCUUCCCAGGCGGACUCCUUUGCUGUUACCACCGGCGAAGCGCCUGAGAAGCCCAAGGAGAAGCCCAACUUCGGAAGCACGGGGGUCUUGGCCGCAGCAUCCAACUCGGUCGCACAAGCAGAUGGUACGACAGUUACACUCAAGUACCACGAGCCCGCCGAGGCACGUAAGCCCUCACCGCGCGACGUCUGGAAGCUGUUCAUCUUCAAGGGCCAAGAUAUUGUCGACACGAUAGAGCUGAGCGCACGGAGCUGCUGGCUCGUUGGACGGGAGAUGUCGGUCGUCGAUCUGCCCGCGGAGCACCCGAGCAUCAGCAAGCAGCAUGCUGUGAUUCAGUUCCGCUAUGUUGAGAAGAGGAAUGAGUUCGGCGACAAGAUUGGCAAGGUCAAGCCGUAUCUUAUCGAUCUUGAGAGUGCUAAUGGAACCAAGUUGAAUGAUGGCAAGAUUCCUGACAGCAGAUAUCUGGAGUUGAGGGACAAAGAUAUGAUUCAGUUCGGGCACAGUACUCGAGAGUACGUUGUCAUGCUUGCACCGAGGGACUGAGCAUCGACUCGAAGUAACCAGAACGAACGACGGCCUUGCAACGUUAGCCCGGCAACCAGUUCUACCCAAGUAGAGGCCUCAUUCCUUAUCAGACGACUUGAAAACGAAGCUCUAGGAGAAGCCUUUUGGAAUCAUAUUGGCUUUUCCGUAUCAGGCAUCGAGAGUGGCUGGAUUCUGUGACUCGGCCAAGCUUUGCCCAAGGACUCAUAGGGAAUCCGGGCGAGUCAUCAGGACCAAAUCACAAGGUUGUACCCAUCGAGCUGGGCUAUCGUUAACGGAUAAGCCUCGUUGAAGUCCAAUCAAUGUCCAAAGAUUGAGAGAUGAGUUCCGCCUUGAGCUUCCACAUGGCUCUUCGGGCAACAUUUACGCCGAGGAAAAUGACAUUCGACUCUUCCAACGAGCAGUCACAUGUGUGGUCUCACGCCAUGAUGUGUCAGUAUUAGAAUAAGGGAGAAAAUAAUGGAGAGGUUUGUUAUCUGUACAUUUAUGCCACAUAGGCAAGGACACUUAGUAUUUGGACUUUUAAUUGCAUAGCGGCAAUACAGAAUAUUUGAAGUUU